AUGGAAAUUGAUGAAUUAUUUAAAAAACCUGAAUUUAUUCCAAAAAAACGCAAAAUUACACCUGUUAAUCCAUUAGAAACAUUUAAAAAAAAUCAAGACAUUUACGUUGGAGAAAAUAAUCAAAAAAAUGGUUCAUUUACUACUGCUUCUGAAAAUUCUGUGUUCUCUGGAGUGGAGGAGGAUGAUGAACGAUUUUUCGGUGGUGGUUUAACAAAAACACAGGAAGAUAUUUUAGAUCUCAUGGACGAAAACGAUAAAAAUGAUUUUGUUGGGCCUGAAAUAGUAGAUGCUUCUCUUCUUAAGAAAUUAGUUCUUAAGCUUGAAAGAGGAAUUACAAAAAAUCAAGAGUUACGAAUUAAGUAUUCAGAAAAUCCUGAAAAAUUUCUUUUAUCUGAAGCUGAUUUGGAUUCUGAUAUUAAGGCUCUUUCUGUAUUUUCUAGUUAUCCAGAAUUAUAUCCUGAAAUGAUACGUUUAAGAUGUUUUGAUUCAUUGAUUAGUCUUCUGUCUCAUGAGAAUGCUGAUAUCGCUAUAGCAGUAUUAGAACUUUUUGAUGAAUUAAUAGAUGAUGAUAUUGAUUAUGAUCAAAAUCAAAUGAAAUCUUUGAUUAAUACUUUGAUUGAAUCGCAAUUAUUAAAAGCUUUGAUGGAUAAUAUUUCUCGUCUAAAUGAGUCUAAUGAAUUAGAUAAGCGUGGUGUAUAUUAUACUUUGAGUAUUUUUGAGAACAUUUCUUCAUUUUCGCCUAUUUUUUCUGAAAAUGCAGUUUCUUCCACAAAUAUUUUGGAUUGGCUGCUUAAAAGACUUCAAAUAAAAGAGUUUCCUAUUUCUCAAAAUAAACAAUAUGUUGCAGAAUUAUUAGCUAUUUAUAUAUCAUCGAGUUCCUUUAUACGAAAAAAAUUUAUUAAUUUAAAUGGUGUUGAUAUAUUGUUACAUGUUCUUAGUCCUUAUCGUAAAAGAGACCCUGUUAAAGAUAUUGAAGAAGAAUUUGUGGAAAAUAUUUUUGACUGUUUAUGUUCUCUUUUACAAGAGCAGGAAGGGAAAGAAAAGUUCGUUGAAGCAGAGGGUAUUGAAUUAUGUUUAAUAAUGUUAAGAGAUGGAAAAUUCUGUAAAUACCGUAGUUUAAAAGUUUUAGAUCAUGCUCUUUGUGGAUUACAUGGUAUAACUUGUUGUGAAAGGCUUGUUGAGGCUGCUGGAUUAAGAAGUAUUUUUUCUAUUUUUAUGAAAAAGGUUUCAUUUAAAGCUAUAGAAUAUCUAUUAGGAAUAUUUUCCUCUCUUCUACGAUCAUUACCUAUAGAUUCUGCAUCACGUAUUCGGAUAUUGGCUAAAUUUGUAGAAAAAGAUUAUGAAAAGAUAUCACGGAUUAUAGAGUUAAGAAGAUUUUAUGAAGCUCGUGUUGAUUCUACUAAUGAAAAAAUAAAGAAAGAACUUGAAAGAUUAAAUCAAAAUGAAAGAGAAGAAAAAGAAUCUGAAAUUUAUAUUGAUCUUUUAGAUUCUGGGCUUUAUUGUUUGCAAGCAAUAGAUUUGAUUUUAGCAUGGUUAUGUGUAGAAGAUUUAGGAGUAAAAAAAAAAGUUUUGGAAUUAUUGAAAACAUAUGGCAAAGAUAUUUCUUCUAUUAAGACAGUUCUUCAGGAAUAUAUAAAUAAUAUGAGCGUUGAUGAUAUUGAAAGUGACAAAUUGCAGAAUAUUGAAGAUGGAAAAGAAAUAGCGAAAACAUUAUUAGAGCUUUUAUAG